AUGACGACGACCACGACCACGACCGCCGCGGUCGCCGGGGCCGCCGACCUCUCGUCCAACCCGCUCGCGUCGUGGCAGCUCGGCAAGAGCGCGGAACAGAGCUCCGCCCCGGACCUCCCGAGGUGGAACAGCAUCACCCCGGAGCACGUCCGCCCCGCGAUCGACGCCGCGGUCGCGGAGGUCACGCGCGAGAUCGACGCCAUCGAGGCUGCGCUCCUCGAGAAUCCGAACCCGCCCUCGGACUGGAAAUCGCUCAUGGACCCGCUCGAACGCCUCAGCGAGAAGCUCUCCAGGCCGUGGGGGGUCGUGUCGCACCUCAAGGGCGUGAAGGACUCGGAAGCGCUGCGAGAGGCGUACGACGCGUGCCAGCCGUCCGUCGUCGGCGCGAGCCUCCGCGUGGGGCAAUCCCGACCGGUGUACGACGCGCUCGUCGCGCUCCAGGGCGACGCCGACGCGUGGAGCGCGCUCACGCCCGCGCAGCGUCGCGCGGUGGAGUGCGAAGUGCGCGACGCGAAGCUCGCGGGCGUCGCGCUCGACGGCGCGGAGAAGGAGCGGUACAACGAGAUCGCGAAGGAGCUCAGCGCGCUCUCCACGGAGUUCAGCAACAACGUGCUGGACGCGACCAAGGCGUUCUCGGAGCUGAUCGUCGACAAAGCCGGCGUCGAGGGGCUCCCCGCCAGCGCGCUCGAGAUGGCCGCGCAGACGGCGAAGACGAAGGGCGGGCGCGAGGACGCGAGCGCGGCGGACGGGCCGUGGAUGUUCACCCUGGACGCACCGUCCUACAUGGCGGUGCGAUCGCACGCGAAAAAUCGCGACUUGCGCGAGAAGGUGUACCGCGCCUACCUCGCGAGGGCGUCCGAGUUCAUGGGCGACGGCGAUAACGCGCCGCUGAUCGAGAAGAUCUUGAGCCUGAGGAAAGAGAAGGCGAAGCUUCUCGGGUACGACACGUUCGCGGACGUUUCCAUGGCGAAGAAGAUGGCGACGCUCGACCGCGCGGAGGCGCUUCUGGAGGACAUCCGAGCCAAGGCCCGCCCCGCGGCGGAGCGCGAGCUCGAGGAGAUCCGAGCGUUCGCGAAAGAGCAGGGCGCGCCCGAGGCAGACACCGGUCUGAUGCAGUGGGACGUCGGAUACUGGUCCGAGCGCCUGAGAGAGGCGAAGUACGAGCUGAAGGAAGAAGACCUCAGGCCGUACUUCCAGCUCCCCGCGGUGAUCGACGGCAUGUUCGACCUCGCCUCGAAGCUCUUCGGCGUCGUGGUGGAGCCCGCGGACGGCGAAGUCGAGGUCUGGCACCCGGACGUCCGCUUCUUCAGACUAUCCGACGGCGCCACGGGGAAACCCCGCGCGUACUUUUACCUCGACCCGUACACCCGCCCCGCGGAGAAACGCGGCGGGGCGUGGAUGGACGACGUCGUCGGCCGCUCCGCCGCGAUGGCGUCCCCCGGAUCGGACGUCCGACUGCCCACCGCGCACAUGGUCUGCAACGGCACCCCCCCCGUCGGCGAUAAGCCGAGCCUCAUGACGCACGGAGAGGUCACGACGCUGUUCCACGAGUUUGGCCACGCGUUGCAGCACAUGCUCACCACGGAGAGCUGCGGCCCGGUCGCGGGGAUCAACCAGGUGGACUGGGACGCCGUCGAGCUCCCGUCGCAGUUCAUGGAGAACUGGUGCUACGACAAGAAGGUGCUGCGAAGCAUCGGAAGGCAUCACGAGACGAACGAGCCGCUUCCGGACGACCUCUACGAGAAGCUCGUCGCGUCGAAGAACUUCGGCAGCGGCACGCGUUAUCUCCGUCAGGCGCACUUCGCGAUGACGGACCUGGAGCUCCACGCGCGGUAUCUCCCGGGCUCUCCCGGCGGCGUCUUCGCCGCGGAGGCGAAGAUCGCGGAGAAGACGACCAUCAUGCCCGCCAUCGCGGAGGAUCGGUUCCUGUGCGGAUUCAGUCACAUCUUCGCGGGGGGGUACUCCGCGGGGUACUACUCGUACCUGUGGGCCGAAGUGCUCAGCGCGGACGCGUUCGGUGCGUUCGAGGACGCGGGUCUCGACGACGAGACCGCCGUCGUCGAGACGGGCGGGAAGUUCGCGAGCACGGUGCUCGCGCUCGGCGGCGGCGUCGCGCCUCUGGAGGUUUUCAAGGCGUUCAGAGGGCGGGAGCCGUCCGUGGACGCGCUGUUGCGGCACAACGGGCUAGUCUCCGCCGCCGCGUGAUCUUGAUCUGAUCUGACGCGACGGAGGAGAGCGAGAGGGAGGGAGGACGAGAUGAAGAGAGAGAGAUAGAGAGAGAGCGCGAGCGGUUUAUACGACGCGAGAGCACUGGUUUCGG